AUGACAACAUACGACGAGUAUGGCACUCCCGUCGGCGCAUACUCAGAACCGGAGAGCUUGACACACCAAGCAUGGCGGCUGGUACGGGCGUUCUUUCUAUAUCGUAUCCGACCUGCUGUGCAGGGCAAAAGAAACGAGCUGCAAAGUGGAAAUUGGAGCUUCAGGCGGCUAUUUACGCUUGUGAAAGCGCUGGUGCUGCUGUGGUGGGUGGUUUUGUACUGGGGCGAAAGAGGUGUCUUCAAUAGCGCUGUGGAGAGCUGUAAUUGGGACAGUUGGGAGAACUGGGAAACUGGCGCAAACCCCCAUAGACUCAUCUUCGUCGCCGACCCGCAACUCAUAGAUCCGCACACGUAUCCCGGUCGCCCGUGGCCUCUCAACCCUCUGGCCUACAAGUACACCGAUCUCUACCUUCGUCGCACCUAUUCUCGCUUUCAGACUAUCCUGUACCCUGAUACUAUAUUCUUCCUCGGCGAUCUAUUCGAUGGUGGCCGCGAAUGGUCUACGCGUACGACUACUUCGCCUGAGAAACAGUAUCGCAAAUAUGGCGACGACUUCUGGAUGAACGAGUACAGGAGGUUUGGGGAUAUCUUUUUUAAGCACUGGGGGGAUGGCGGUAUGCAGGCGAGACCCGGACAACCUGGAAGGAAGCUCAUAAGCAGUUUACCUGGUAACCAUGACUUGGGGUUUGCUAGAGGAGUACAAGAAGGAGUCAGAGACAGGUUCAACGCCUACUUUGGCGACGGGAACAGAAUCGACGUCAUUGCGAACCACACUUUCGUCUCAAUCGACAGCGUCUCCCUGAGCGCACUCGGUCAAGAGUCACCAGAACAGGUCGAGAAGCUAUGGCGGCCCACGAAAGGCUUCCUCGAAGAUGCAAAGAAGCGUAAAAAGCGUCUAAUACAGCGCGAGCUACGUGCCCAGCAAGGCCUCAGACCAUACCCCGGUAUGCCUCACCACGCCAUUGAGAAGAAAGACUUAGCAACAUCCCAACUUCCACACGCCAACGACGAGAUCACCGAAUUCCCUACAAUACUCCUAACACACGUUCCUCUCUACCGCGCCCCAGGUACACCCUGCGGCCCUCUCCGCGAACACUGGCCCCCGACCCAUCCACCAGCCGGCCAACCACCCCUCGAACACGACGACCGCAACGCCAUCUCUGUACGCGGUGGAUACCAAUACCAAAACGUGCUCAACCGUGAAAUCACCGCCGACAUAGCCGAGAAAGUAGGCGACAUACGAUACGCCUUCUCAGGCGACGACCACGAUUACUGCGAGGUUCUCCACAAAGCAUACACCAGCGCUGGUGGCGGUAUACGGGAGAUUACCGUUAAAAGUACAAGCUGGGCCAUGGGUGUCAGACUCCCUGGUGUACAACUCGUCAGUCUAUGGAAUCCUGUCGACAUACACGGCAACCCCAAGAACGGCGAUGCAAGUAAGACGAUUCAAACAAAACUAUGCCUGUUACCAGAUCAAAUAGGCACAUUCUUGAGGUACGGAAUGUUAUUUGGCCUCACGUUAUCGCUUCUCGUACUUCGCGCAGCUCUCGUCACCCUCGGUCUUGUCUCUUCAAGUGAAACAGACACGACGACAGAGAGCCCCCUUCUACCUACAGCAAGCACAAACACAUACCCUGCUACAGCGGAAAAGGAAUCCCACUCCUCAAACUCUUCAACAUCUUCUGAACGCACAGGAAACCUUACAAUCUCCCGUUGA